UGAAGAUGUCUAGCAGAAGAUCACGAUCGAGGCAAUCGGGUUCCUCGAGGAUCACAGAUGAUCAAAUUAUAGAUCUUGUGUCGAAGUUGCAAUCACUUUUACCAGAGAUCCGAAAUCGGAGCUCGGACAAGGUAUCGGCAUCAAAGGUUCUUCAAGAGACAUGCAACUACAUUAAGAGCUUGCACAGAGAAGUUGAUGAUUUGAGUGAGAAACUCUCAGAGUUGCUUGAAACUACAGAAACUAGUAGUGCCCAAGCUGCAAUAAUUAGAAGUUUACUAAUGUAAUUGCUCUCUCUCUCUCUCUAGUUUGAGUUGUAGGUUUGGUAGUAGAGCAGCAUGGGUUGAUAGAUAUCCCAUAACUCCAAAAGAAGUUGUCACUGCUUUUAA